AUGGAAUUAGAGACAAAAUCUCAUCCUUCUAAGAUAUCAGGAAUGCAUGUUUUUAGCAGUUUCAAAAAGGAGAUGCCGGAGCGCCCUGAAAGAAUAACUAAAUAAUAAAUUUGAUUACAUGUACAAGAACACCUCUUUGUUUAAGAAGAGUCCAAAGAAAGCAACUAAGCUGACUGAAAAAGAUUUUGACAAGGAUUCAAAAAUAUAGUGCGCAUCAAUCCAGUGAAUGUCUCUUCAACUCUAAAUCCAGAGAAUCAUAAAUAAGCGCGAAAGUGGAGGCAUGAAGAAGCUCAAAUAACACCAUGAGAUUAAAGUCUAAACAGUUUAAAGAUUUUCCAAAAGCCAAAGAGAAAUCAGACGCAAAUAAAAAUGAUUUCAAGACUACUAAAUCAUUCAACGCACUGGCAUUGAUUGAUAAAUGAAUCAAAUAAGAAUUCAAAGAUUAAUAACUCAGAAAAGCAGAGACAUCAUGAUAGGUCCUUAUCCCAGAAGUUUGGGAUAAAUAUACCUAUUUAUAAACUAUCUGAGAAGAAUAGCUCUAUUUUUAAACAAACGAAACAGCCAACCCAGUUUCAGAGCCAAUCGAUGAACUCUAGAAAGCACUCUAAGAGGUAUAGCCAAAGACCAACAAAGCUAGAAGGGAACACUUAUGAUUCGCACUCAAAGCCCCCUCUAAAGUGUAUAGAAGCUUUAGCUACAACGAAAAGGGAGCAAAAGCAUUUUGUUGGUGAUAUGAAAAAGCAUCAGUUGAAAAUUUACCCUCUAAAUUUCCCAGCAUCCCCUAUGUCGGUUUGCAAAGCGAUCAAAGAUAUAAAUAGUCUUGCUACAAAGACGAACAAGGCUACUAAGUUUGUAUCUACACCUUCGAAUAAGAUUUCAAGUCAAUUCACUAAGAAGCUUAGGCAAGAUAUUAAAAUGUCAGUUAAGAAGAAUCAGAUAAAAGAAAGUAUUAGUAAAAAGAGUCUUCAAGUUAACCCUGGCUUGAAAUGUAUUGACUCCAAGUCAUCUUUCCUAUCCCAUGGGAGAGGUGCUUCAUUAGAUGUAAGACUUAAGAAGGAUUUUCAACCUUUUCGAACAAAGGAUGAAUUCGAUUCUGGUGAUAAUUUACAAGCAAAAACAGCAGAUAUCGAUAAGAACGUUAUAAAAUCAGACACAUCUGUUAGCAAAAUUGAGGUAGUUUUACCCCAAAUUGGGAUCACUUCCAGCAGGUUCAUUAAAAACACUAAAAAUAAAACACAGCACAUAAAUAUCGAACCUAGUCUUAAAAUCAAUUUCCAGCACACCAAAAUCAAAAAAGGACAAAUUUUUAUAAACUCCCCUUCUUCACCAACCCAAAACUUCGCAAAACACCUUAAUCUCAAAGAUUUUAAUGUCAAAAAGGCCAGCAAGUAUCUCAAACGUUAUGUACAAAAUAAAAGCAUUCAAAACAAGCCAGUUAAGCCUUCACCAAAGCCAAAACUGUUCAAGCCUAUUAAGGUUCGCCAGCUCAGUAUCUCCCAGAAGGACGAACAAAUAGAAGGAUGGGCUAUAGAAGAAAAUGAAUUUGUACAUGAUUUCUUAUAGAAUUACAAUAUUUCAAUGAAAUUUGCUGGUAAA